AUGCCCAAGGCCUAUCUUAAAUACAAAGGGGAGGGUACACUAGGAGCUAUCAUUAGCCAACGAGGUAAUACGAAGGAGGCUUCUACUACGGGCAAUCUGGGAUGCGGGGGGCUGGGCAAUGUAGUGCUAACCAGUGGCAAUCCCAGUACCUUAUCAUCCUCUCAAGCUGCAACCCCUCGAUAUGCUUUCUGUCCUACCAACGAUACUGUUACUGUAUGGGAUAUCAAGACUCAGACCAUUAAGGGUGUUAUGGAGGUCCCCUUGGGACGAGAUGAACUCCACAAGAGAUCACCUCAAGUAACUGCAUUAUCCGAUCUGUUCAUACCAAGUACUACAGCCAAUGGCUGGGCUGGCGCUAAGAUGGCUGUUGGAUAUAGUGAUGGUUACAUUCGAAUAUUUGCAUUCGAGGAGAGCAAGCCAGGAUCUGUGGAAGGCAUGUGGGUGCCGGAAGUAUCCUUUAUAGGACAUCGAUCGGCUGUUAAUGUCCUCAAGAUUUCCCGAGGUGGCUUCCAACUCUGUAGCGGUGGAGCUGAUAAUGACGUCAUCGUAUGGGAUGUUGUGGCAGAGGCUGGUAUGUGCCGACUUAGUGGUCAUAAGGAUCAAGUCACUGGUCUGACACUACUGUAUGACAAUGAGUCUACCGAUGCAUCUAUAGCAUAUGUAGUGAGUGUAUCGAAGGAUACUACCUGUAAGGUGUGGAGUGUGGGAACACAGAUAUGUGUUCAGACAUGUGCUGAAUCUCGAGGGGAGUUAUGGUCAGUCGCAUGUAUGGUGAUGUCAUCGACGACAGUUGUUGAUGAGGGCAGCUCUGCGAACAAGACUGUGCUCAUAGUCACUGGUGGAGUUGAUCAGAAGCUUUAUAUGUACGCGGUGUCAGCCUUGUCACUGGUGUCUGGUGGAGGGUUGGACGCUAGUGGAGAUAUGAUGAAAUUCCUUGGUCCACUGGACAGGGGUAGUGGGGAAUCUGGCAUGAAGAAACGUGUUGUUUGUGUUGGCCUGCUGGAUAACUCUAUCCACUUGAUACCAUCGCUUACGGUGGAGCUGCAGAGGUCGGGCCAGGAGGAUGAGGAAAGUGUCGAGGUUGCUGAGAAGGAGCGUAUGAGUAUCGUAACGAAGGGCCAUCGUCAAGCUGUGCGGUUUGUAUCCUUCUCAGCGGAUAGCACGAUGUUGUUGUCAUGCUCGGGCGAGUCGUUGAGGGUAUGGACUGCUCAGAGUAGCAAGCAGUGCGUGAGGCAUAUAGACAAUACAGGCUAUAUUCUAUGUGGUCGUUGGUAUGCUGGUAACCAGCACGUGGUGUGUGGGAGUAAAGACGGUUGUCUAGCAGUGUACGACUUACAGACAGGGGAAUGUAGAUGUCGGGUACUCGCCUCAGAGGAAGGACAGCCUCUGUAUGGCAUUUGUGAUGAUCCUGAUGGGGAAGAUAACUUCAUCACAGUUGGUGCUGAUAAGACGUUACGUUACUACACCACUGACUUGGCUAAUGUUGAUGACGAGUCGUCUAUACUAAUAGAGGUAAUAGGUUUGGAUGAGUCCAAACGCUUGACAUUGAAUGAUGAUGGCCUUUGUGUUGCGCUGUCUCCUAAGGAUAAGAAGAAACCUGAUGCUCCCAGGUUCUUGGCUAUCGGCUUGCUUGACUCUACUAUUACUGUUGUUUAUGCUGAUACUGGGAAGCAGUUCCUCACUUUGUAUGGCCAUCAACUGCCUGUGCUCACGGUUGCCUUUUCUGAUGAUGGACAACUCCUGGCCUCGGGUUCGGCUGAUAAGAAUAUCAAAUUAUGGCAUCCUAAAUUCGGUAAUUGUCUACAUUCUCUCCGAGCUCAUGAGUCGUCGGUGACGAGCAUUGCAUGGUUGCCGCAGACACACUACUUAGCCAGUGUCGGCAAGGUCGAUGGGCUGUUGAAACUGUGGGAUUGUGAUAGAUCGGAGGAGAUAACAUCAUUUCCUGGUCAUAAUGGUGAUGUAUGGUCAGUAGCAUGUGAUGCUGAUGGUGCAUUGUUGGCAAGUGGAGGCGCUGAUAGAUGUAUAAGGCUGUGGAAAAGGAGUGAUGAGCAGAUGUUCAUCGAGGAGGAACAAGAGGAAGCCCUUGAUAGACAGCUAGAGGAGGAGACCGCUAGGGAGGCAGCCGUAGUGACUAUGGCUAGGCCUACUAGACGUACUAUGGAAACGGUGAAGUCCGCAGAGCGCUUGAUGGAGGCUCUAGAUGAGGUUAGAGAGGCUUCGGCUGAGGAGGGUGAUGCUGAAGAGAAGAAAUCAAGUCCGCAAGAGUCUAUUAAGACACUACGUAUAAUGGCAGCCAUCCCCGUAGCGGACAUGCAGGAAGUUGUACUCGCUUUGCCUGUCACGUACUCCAGACGGCUACUAUCGGUGCUGGUGGAUCUCCUAUCCUUCCUUCAUUCAGUACCUCUGUCUCAGCAAGCCGCCAUAAGAGGGGGCCUGCCUAUUGAGCUGUGCCUGUCUGUCGGCCUUAGUCUUAUACAAGCUCAAGCACCGUAUCUGGUACAUGAUCCCAGCAGCAGACGCUUGUUGGUCGAUCUUAGAGAUCUCUUGUAUGAUGUUGCAAGUACUGCUGUUGACGAGGCAGGUGUGGCUCGAUCGGCUGCGAUGAUAGCCAGACAAGAGUUGAAGAGACGUAAGGAGAUAGGAGAUCUUGAUGCAGAGGAUAGAGCCUAUCGGAAGUCCAGGAGAAUAAGUGGCAAGUGACUCGUAUACUACGAUUUACCAAGUUCCUAUUGUUAUCACUGCAUCGAAUGGCAACAGUGAUGAUGGCUAUGACAUACGUAAACUCC